CAGGAACGUUAGUCUCGGAGUGCGCGCGCGGCGGUGGUGACCAUUGGAGCUGCUUGGUUCAAUCUGUGAUGUAUAAUCGAGUUUGGGAGAAUGGAGCCUAUAAUAAACUCUAAAUUGUCAUUUAUACAACCACAAGGAGCUGUGAAUGAUGAACAGGAUAUACCUGCUGCAGAGGAUUUUCAAGAAAUUAGAAAAGAUUUGAUUGUUGAACUAUGCCAGGAAGAAAACAAAAAUACAUCACAUGCUGUUCAACAAAAAUAUUUGGGUUCAAAGAAUCAUAUGUGUGUUCAUCUUCGUAUCAGACCUUUUACGGAAGCUGAAGUUGCACAAAAUGAAUCUCAGAACUGUGUAUCGAUAGAAAACUCAACUAGUGUGAUCCUGAAGCCACCGCGAAUUUCCUUGGGUUCCAGAUGCAGCGAUCGAGGAAUUAGCCAAUUCGCUCAAUGCUUUUCAUUUACACAUGUAUAUGGUCCAGAAACCAAGCAGGAAGAAGUGUUUGGAGCAGUAAAACCACUUAUUAAGGAAGUUCUGAAUGGCCAAAAUGCUUUAGUUUUUACUUAUGGUGUUACCAAUGCAGGAAAAACGUACACAUUUCAAGGACCAGAUCAUGAUAUGGGGAUCGUGCCACGGUCAUUGAGUGUUCUAUUCAAGAGUAUUGAAGGAAAGAUUUGUAAAAAUAUUAAUAUCAAACCACAGAGAUGCACAGACCUCGGUAGAUUAACAGAAACGCAAGUGAAAGAGGAGGAAGCUUUCAAAAAAUCACUUCUUCAACUGUUUAGAGAGAGUGAUUCAUGCAAUGGGAGUAGUCAGCUUAAUUCACUAGAUUCUUCAGAAGCAGGAAGUUCACUAAAGUCGCUUACUACCUUAGGAGAUUUUGCUGAACCAGUUGCUGUUGAUAUACCAGAAAGGAUUAGAUUUUCUGUCUGGGUUUCAUUUUGUGAAAUAUAUAAUGAAACUCUUUAUGAUUUACUUGAUCUGGUACCAUAUAAAUGUCAGAAAAGACAAGUACUUCGAUUUGCACAAGAUGCAAAAGGCAACACUUACGUAAAAGAUCUGAGGUGGAUUCAAGUUUCAAAUGCAGAAGAGGCAUAUAAAAUAUUAAAACAAGGCAGAAAACAGCAAAGCAUUGCUUCCACAAAAAUCAACAAUCUUUCAAGUAGAAGCCAUUGUACUUUUUCAAUAAGAAUUUUGCAUGUCUUAGAUGGUGGACCUCAUGUUACCAGAGUCACUGAGUUGUCUCUUUGUGACCUUGCGGGAUCAGAGAGGAAUACAAAAACAAAGAAUGAUGGGGAAAGAUUGAAAGAGGCUGGAAACAUUAACACUUCUUUGCUAAUACUUGGAAAAUGCAUCAAUGCUUUGAGACAUAAUCAAAUUUCAAAGACGCACAAUCAUGUUCCAUUUCGGGAAAGUAAGCUUACUCGCUACUUCCAGGGGUAUUUCUGUGGGAGAGGAAAAGUUUGUAUGAUUGUUAAUAUCAAUCAAUGUGCUUCAAUGUAUGAUGAGACACUUAAUGUAUUGAAGUUUUCUGCAAUGGCACAAAAGGUUCUUCUCAAUAGUUCAAGGCUUCAUCCUGCACUCUUGGUUCCAAAGCGAUCAGCGAGGGAUCUUUCGUUGAUAAUCAACAAUGCUGAAAGUGAAUCCUUGUCGUUUGAAAAAAGGCAAACUAUGUCUUGGGAUGCUACUUUGGAGGAUGUUGCUGAAGUGGAGGAAGGAGAUACUGACACAUCUCGUGCAAAUAAACAGGAGCAGGAGCAGGAGGAGGAGGAGGAGGAGGAUGAGGAUGAAGAGGAAGAUGGGACAAUAGUAAUAAGAAAAAACAACUAUGAGAAGUUACUCCUUUGUAUACAAGAUCUGAAAAACAAGCUAAUUGAAGAAAAAAAAGAAAAAGUGAUCUUAGAAAAGAACAUCCGGGAAGAAGUUCAUCAGGAAAUGGAAAAAUUCAUGCCUCAGUUUGAAAACUACUUAAGAGAAAAGGAAGAAAAUUGGUUAACUGCGGACAGAAUUGAAAAGCGCAAUGCAAUCUUUCAAAAUCUGGUCAAGGCAUGUGUUGCUAUUGAUCAGAAUGAAGAUUCUGCUGAACCAGAUGGCAGUCAGGAGAGUUUGGCUAAAACUAAUGUUGUAAAAUGCAUCAAGUUGUUGGAACCCGAUGUAGCUGACAUUAAGAAACAAGCUGAAAUGAUUCAUCACCAUUUAGCAACUGCUCCAGAACCUCAGGAGGCAAUUACACUUUUGGAAACUAAUUUGGCUUCUAUCACCCAAAAGCUUAACCAAACACAAGAAACACUGGAGAAGAAAAUUUGUGAAUUAGAUGCGUUUGAAAAAUUGACUGAAGAGGCAAAAUUGAAGGAAGCAUAUAAGGAUACAACAAUUGAAAACAUUCAAGGAAUGUUGGAAACACAUAGUACCCAAGAUAUGAGCCCAGAACCAGUGAAAAAUACUUCAACUGCUAGUAGAAAACGUAACUUUGAAAGUUCCUUUGAAAAGAAAGACCAGCCACCUUCCAAGAAAGGUCCAGAUUACAAAGACUGUAUAAAUGUGAAGACUCUAGAAGAGAAAGCUAAAGAAAUAAAAAAGGAACUACUUCAUAAAGAGAGGGCAUUAAUGACAUUAAAAGGAGAAAUACAGUCUUUGGAUGAACAGUUGACGUUAGCAAAAGAGGAACUCCACGAUGAGCAAACCUCCAGAGAAGGGCUGAACAAACAGGUUGAAAUGUUUCAAUUGAAGCUUGCUUCUUCAGCUGAGAACAUUUUGAAACUAACUGAAGAAAAUGAAAAUCAACGUUCAAGUUACGAUAAAUUGAUGUGGAAGUUCAAAUCUGAGAAGGAUUUGAAUGAACAAUAUUUAGAUAAAAUUAAACAGCUUCAACUUGAGAUAGAGUCAGGUAGGCAUGAAAUAGCACAAAGAGAACUGCAAAAUAAAACUUUGGAAGAUAAAAUAAGCAAGUUAAAUGAUUUCCAGAAGGAAUCAGAAUUGUGUGCUAAAGGUCUGAAAAGCAUCAAUGAUUUCCUGGAAAGUGCAGGUGGAGAGUCUCUGAAGAAAAUGAGUGAAUUUGAAUCUCUACGCAAUCAAGUAUCUGUACUUAGGCAUGAACUAGAUACAUCAAAAGAUGUGGUGCAGAAACGAGAUAGUGGUCACUUUCGUAAGACAGUUGAAAUGCUGCAGAAGGAGUGUGAGCAUAUCGUAAAGAUUUCAUGCCAAAAAACCCAGCAAAUUUGGGAACUAGAAGUAAGUAUUGAGGCCUUGAAAAAACAAAAGGCAGAUCUGCAAAUUGAAUGUACUGAAUUAAAAAUAAAUGCUGCUUCAGCUCAGAAUUUGCUUAAAGAAAGAGAUGCUCACAUUCAGCUUUGGAAAACCAAGUUUGAAGAAACUGAAAGUAAAAUACAAACUUUAAUACAAAACAAAGAAAAUAUCGCAGAACUUCAGAAAGAAAUUGAAGAUUACCAACAUAAAAUAAAAGCUCAAGAGUUAAAAAUCUUAAAAAGUGAAGAUAAUUUAACUAGAUGUGAAGAACAAUUGAAAGAGAAAGAUAACGUCAUUGCAAAUUUGCAACAAACAGAAAAGAAAUUUCAUGACUUGGAAAAACAUGUUAGUGACUUGAAACUGCAGGAAAUUAGAUUUAAGGAAAAAGUCAGUCAGUCCCAAAAUGAUUGGCAUGUUUUAAAGGAAAUCUUAUCCAAGAAAGAAGAAGAACUGGAAACUAACCGUUUAACACUUGUUCAUUUGACAGCUGACCUGCAGAAGAAAAGUGAAGAAUACAGUGAUCUCAAGGAAAAAUAUGCAGAUGCCAAGAAACAGAUGCAACAGGUAGAGAAGGAGAUUUCUAAAAAACGUGAAGAAGAAAGAUCUCUGAGAAACAAAGUUCAGGAACUUGAGAGAAUGAAGAAUCAAAUGACUCAGGAGCUUGAGGCUAAAGAACGGAUGAUCCAGCAGAUUAGGAAGGCAUGUCAUAAUGAAGCAGACUGCAGAAAGAAGAUAGAAAUGUUAACCAUCUCUUUGGAUGAAAAAGUGACUGCUUUAAAAAAAUUGGGAAAGAACUUGGAAGAGAGUAACAGCUUACACCAAGUGAAAGAACAACAGGGCUUAAAAGAAAAUCAAGCAAUCCAAGAUUCUUGCAUCAUGUUAACUGAUACCAAAGCAGAAGAAGCUGUACAUCUUUUGCAAACUGCUUCCAAAGAACUUCAGAUAAAAGAACAAAUAAUUCAAGAUAUGAAAACUGCAUUAACUGAGCAAGAUCAAACCCAAGCUGAACAAGAUGAAGUUCUUGAGGCCAAGUUGAAAGAGAUUGAAGAGUUGAAUGCAGAAUUGGAGAAGUGGAUAAAAUAUGCCAAAAAAUUUGAGAGCAAGUGUAAUACACUUGAACACAGCCAAUCAUUGAAAAAUGCAAGUGGAGUUCACCAAACAGAACCUGGACCAUUUCAAAAAGAAAUUGAAGAUUUAAAGCAACAGUUGGUGGAAUUGGAAGAUGAGCAGAAAUGUAAUCGGAAGAAAUGGAUGGAUGAGAAAAUGAUUCUUAUUAAACAAGCAAAGGAAGCUGAAGAUCGGCGCAACAAGGAGGUGAAAAAGUGGGCAGAAGAAAGAGAGCAUUAUUCAAAAUUACAAUUAGAAAUGGAGAGACUUGCAUCUGAGAUCAUCGAGAAGGAUCAGGAUCUACAGAAAUGGCGAAAAGAGAGGGACAGCUUGGUAAAGGAGCUGGAAGUGAAGCUUGGAGAUCUUAUAACCAGUAGUAAACAAAAAGAUGAAGAAAUAGAAAGACUCAAGGCUUCCUCAAGAGAGAACCUAGAAGAGUUGGAAACUGUCCUAGAUUCUUCAGAAGUCUCGACAGAAAAUGGAGAAAAAACAAGUCGGUUUCCAAAGCCCCAGUUGGAGAUUCAGUUCACACCUCUUCAACCAAACAAAAUUUCAGUGAAAGAAUCAAGUGGCAAUUUGAUCACAAUGAAAGUACCCAAAUCUACCAGAAAAAGAAAAAGUUCUGCCCUGGAAGAGAAGAUUGAUUGUGAAAACCUGAAAAAUGCAAUUGUUUCUAGAAGGGUAUGCAACACUCCCCUGACUUUUCUUGCUGACACCAGCAUGACAGAAGAGAAUGUGAAAAGUACAGCUGGUCGACUAAGAAAACAAGCCUCGAUAUCAAGUUUUGGGUCACGCCAAAAGAAAGAUGGAACACUGCAGAAAAUUGGAGAUUUAUUGCAAAGUUCCCCAACAAUUCUACAGAACAAAGCCAAAAAGUUAAUGGAAACAUUAAGUUCCCCCAAGCAUCCAGAAAUGGAAACUUCUUGUAAUAACGAAGUAAGGCCCAAAAGAUCAAGAAGGAAACUGUACAAGCAAGAUAUAUCAUCACCUGUGAAUUUCCCAUCCCAAACGAUAAUAGAGAUGAGUGAAAAAGAAAGUGAUCAUUCAAUUAUGAAGAGGAGAUUACGUACAAGAACAGCUAAAAUGGCAAAGUGACCUUCAUCUUUAGAUACAUGAAGUUGUUUGUAUAUUUUUUUAAACUGCAAUCAUUGUACUUAUAUGAGGAAGUCUCAUCUGUGAGACUGUAUGUAUUAUGUUUGGUGUUUUUGAUUAACAUUGCACAUGUACAUAUUCUAAAUGCAUGUAAGUCAAUAACUCUAAUCCAUGCUGAACAACUGUUGGAACAAUAAAUACCUGGAAAAAUAAUUAAGAGAAUUCAGAUGAUUUAUAAUCAUUGAAAAUUUGAUUGAAUUUCUAAAAAAAUGCAUUUACCAUGUAUUUCCUUUUGAGGUUUGAGGAUCGGAUUAUUGUCUUCUCAUCUCUCCUGGAAAGGCAAUUUUGUGCAGCUUGUGACCAAGUAGCUAUUACCAGGUAGUCCCCCUUCACACCAGCUGUGCAUUUCCUCAACUCUGUGUGACCUAGACUGUUUACAAUGUUCAAUACUUGGACAAUAUAGAAAAAUAUUUAAUUUUUAAGGAAUACUUUUUGUUAGCUAUUUUUAAAUGUAAAUGUUAAGAUUUCAGUAUUACUAUUGUUACAUGAAACAUCUAAUCAGUUGAGUGAGUGUUGCUGAAAAAGAGAUUUCUUUUGAAACUUUUCAUCUUCCGCUCAUGACAUUUUUC